AUGGAAGCUGCAUACAAAACAAAUGAGAUCGCUUUACGAGACGAAGGCGAUCAGAAGACAACACAACCACCAGACCAAGACAGAGGGCCCGGGAGCACUUUCGCAGAAUCAUCACGGUUGCAACCACCACCAAUAAACAGGUUACUUCAACAGAACCACAUUGUCACAUUCGCACCCAUCAUCGACCAGGUGAGGAAGUGGUCCGUGAAAUACGACGGUGGGCGAGACCCACUAGCGUUCGUUGAGAGAUUAGAAGAGCUCUCCGAAGUGUACAUGAUAAAUGUGGACAUCCUUCCGAGAACCAUGCCCGAAUUACUGUGCGGUACCGCUCUCCAAUGGUAUCGCAACAAUAACGAACAUUGGGAGAGUUGGACAACCUUCAAAAAGGACUUUCUGCGCUUCUUCCUACCAGCACGUUACUUCGAACGCCUCGAAGAUAACAUACGGCAACGAAGACAACACGUGCGAGAAAAAUAUAAAGACUACGUUCUGGCUAUGCAGAACUUAAUGCGACACGCUGGGUAUAAUCCGGAGGAGCGACUGGAAAGGAUUUUUCGGAAUAGUCACACCGAUUAUCUGCUCUACAUUCGGCGGCGAGAUUUCGAGACGCUAGCCGAACUCAUCACACUGGCAGAAGAGUACGAAGGGAUAUAUGAAGGACAACGACGAGGAAUAGAACCACCACGACGCGAGAUGACGAGACACAUCAUAGGUGACCACGAGGUGAGAAAUGUAAGCAGGCCGUUACCACGUCCACCACAACAUAACACUACGGUAGAUGUGCAUCACCAGCAACCAUCUACGAGCAGAGCCUUCAGGCCGGGAAACAUAUGCUUGAGAUGUGGCCAGGAAGGUCACUAUGCUAGGAGAUGUCGUAACCCCAAGAAGUUAUUUUGCAGGGAGUGUGGCAGAGCGGAUGUGCUAACCAAAGAUUGUUGUCAACAACAGGGAAACGACCAAGGGUUUCGCCAAAGACAAGGCGCGGCGGACCCACGGAACUCAGCGCCGAACCACCAGUAA